GGGCGCCAGCCAGAUGGUUAAUUCGCUGAGCGUCGCCGACCGCCUGUCGGUGAGGCCGGCUUGUCAGAAGUCGCGCGGGAAGCCUGCGGAAGGCGAGGUUCUAGCGAGAUUCUACCUCGUGGCCAAGCAGACUGAGAUGGAGCGCAGCUCAC